UUAGAUCCCUUUCUCUCUCUACAUUCUCCACUGAGAGCAGUCCGCGAACGAUCUGAGCCGUCCGAUGUGUGGACUUUCCCAAGGUUGACCGGACGCGCUGAACUGCCGGAGGGUGGGAGGGGGCGCCGGCGGUUUGUUCGCACUGUGCCGCCGCGAUGGGCCAGUGUUCCGGCAAGUCGAUCUCCACCAUCGGGGAUGUCGACGGCGCAACCACUAUUACGUCCUACGCCGAUCAGCCGUCCCGGAGUCCUCCGCCUCCGUCCGCCGUCAACUGCGCCGCGGUCAACACUCCCUCCGUGAAGAACACCCCCGCCAGAUCCUCCGCUGCGCCCAGCCCGUGGCCCAGUCCUUAUCCGCACGGGAGUGGUGUUCCCGGGGGAUCCAGUCCGCUGCCCGGUGGAGUGUCUCCGUCGCCGGCUAGGUCUACUCCCAGACGGUUCUUCAAGCGGCCGUUCCCGCCGCCUUCUCCUGCUAAGCACAUCAAGGCUUCCCUUGCCAGGCGAUUCGGACAAGCUAAGACGCCCCGAGAGGGGCCAAUCCCAGAGGACGGCUCGUCGGAGCCCGAUCAGUUGCUGGAUAAGAAUUUCGGCUACAAUAGGAACUUUGGUGCCAAGUACGAAUUGGGGAAGGAGGUAGGGCGAGGGCAUUUCGGUCAUACUUGCUGCGCCAGGGGCAAGAAGGGAGAAGUCAGGGACCUCCCUCUCGCAGUCAAAAUCAUUUCCAAAGCCAAGAUGACAACAGCAAUAUCUAUUGAAGAUGUUCGCAGAGAAGUAAAGAUUUUGAAAGCUCUCUCUGGCCAUAGGCAUCUGGUCAAAUUUUAUGAUGCCUGUGAGGAUGCCAAUAAUGUUUACAUUGUUAUGGAGUUAUGUGAAGGAGGAGAAUUACUUGACAGAAUAUUGUCACGGGGUGGCAGAUACUCAGAAGAUGAUGCGAAGCUUAUUGUUGUACAAAUUCUGAGCGUAGUUGCAUUCUGUCAUCUACAAGGUGUUGUUCAUCGUGACCUGAAGCCUGAGAAUUUUUUAUUCUCCUCUAGAAAUGAAGAUGCUGAUAUGAAGCUAAUUGAUUUUGGUCUUUCUGACUUUAUUAGACCAGAUGAAAGGCUUAAUGAUAUUGUUGGAAGUGCAUAUUAUGUGGCACCAGAGGUGCUGCAUAGAUCGUACAGUUCAGAUGCAGAUAUAUGGAGUAUUGGAGUGAUCACCUAUAUUUUGUUAUGUGGAAGCAGACCAUUCUGGGCCAGGACAGAAUCUGGAAUUUUCCGUGCAGUCCUACGAGCAGACCCCUACUUUGAAGAUUUACCGUGGCCUUCUGUUUCCCAAGAAGGAAAGGACUUUGUUAAAAGGCUUCUAAAUAAGGACUAUAGAAAAAGAAUGACUGCUGCUCAAGCUUUGAUGCAUCCAUGGUUGCGGAGCGAAAGCCAUCCCAUUCCUCUAGAUAUAUUGAUCUAUAAGUUGGUCAAGAGUUAUUUAAAUGCAACCCCCCUCAAACGUGCAGCACUGAAGGCUCUAUCAAAAGGAUUAACAGAGGAUGAGUUGGUUUACUUGAGAGCACAAUUUCUGCUUUUGGAACCUAGUAAAGACGGACGCAUCUCCGUUGAAAAUUUCAGAAUGGCUCUUUCAAGAAAUGCUACUGAUGCUAUGAAAGAGUCUAGGGUCCCAGAGAUUCUGAAUGCGAUGGCGCCACUAUCAUACAGGAAGAUGGACUUUGAGGAGUUCUGUGCUGCUGCCAUCAGCAUUUACCAGCUGGAAGCUCUCGAGGGCUGGGAGCGAAUCGCAUCAACCGCAUUUGACUUUUUCGAACUUGAGGGUAACCGCGUGAUCUCCGUAGAGGAAUUGGCCCGGGAAUUGAAUGUGGGUCCCACUGCCCACACGAUCCUCCGAGACUGGAUCAGGACCGACGGGAAACUCAGCCUCCUCGGGUUCACUAAAUUUUUGCACGGUGUCACGUUCCGCAGCUCAAACACAAGACAUCAUUAGUGGGUCCCGGAAGGACACGGCGGGCGUGGGGCCCGUUCCGAUGAUGCCUUCUUUGCCCUUCUUGUGAAAGAGAGGGAGAGAGUGAAAGUAGGGAGAUUGGUUUGAGGGUGGGGCCCCGGUGAAAGGGAAGGUAUCUAAAUUCUAAUUGGACUGUGCAGCCAAUGGACAGAGAGAGUUAGGACUGAGCACUACUGGUGCGCAUUUAGAAGAGAGGCCAUUUGAAUUGUACUAUAAUGGAUGGUGA